AUGGCCCUUCCUCUGAAGCCCAACUUGGGUCUGGCUGGCAGCCCCCUCAGCCUGAUAUGUCUGUCCCUCCUGUUCAUCCCUGUCAAAGGCGGAACGUACUGUGAGUGCAGCUUGGGCCUCAGCCGGGAGUCACUCACAGCCCUGCUCGUGGUGCUGGCUGGUAUCAGCACCAGCUGCUUCUGCGCCCUGGUCGUUGUGGUGGUGGGCGUCAUGCGGGCUAAUGACUCAAGCUACCCUGGAGAAGUAGACAGCAGGUUGGUGGGGCAGUACAGGGUCCAGGAGGACCGCGUGGACGUGCACACGGUGCAUGUGGAGUCCCACCUCGUAGACCAGAACCCAGAAGCCUCUCUGAUGGAGGACAAGGGCCUCAGGACCACCCCCAUGCAGGGCCGGGAGAAACCAAUUCCCCCCCCUCCUCCACCACCCCCUCCACCCCCUCCCAUCCCCAGAGCAGAGGGAGGGCUGUGA